UUGACAGGUACAUAUUGUAUGUCGUUUCUCUGUCCAGUCACGCGUCCGACGCGUCGCGAGCACGAACCAUAUCAAGUAAAGUCUACUCGCUAAAGAAGGGACAACCGGUUAGUCGACCUCAAACAAAUUCCCCUUGGUUACUUGGUUACCUACAUCCGCCGACAGUGUUGCCCACCGGUCCAGCUUCCAGCUCCCUCCAGUUAUAUGUGUGCUUCCCUUUGGCUCAACUCAUCCACUUCCCAGCCGACACUACUCAACCCUUUGUCCAUAUUCGGUUGGACCCUCUGAUCUGCCCACUCUAACUCAUCAAUCCUCUUCUCCAUCGCCCUUCAGAUCCCCAGUUGAGAAAUUACAGUUAUCCGCAUUCAAGCCAAGUGCGCAUACAAACUGAAAGCAUCCUCCAACUUGGGUUGCUGUAUGCGCUCUACAACCCAGCCAACUUCAAUACAACAUUAUCCCAAAACAAGUCAUUUUCAGAUCAAGCACACCAACAGGGAGAUUAAUCAAGAAGCACACAUACUCGCCAUCCCAGACUCCAUCUAACCCGGCUCCCACAAUUGGUUCUGUUGAAACCUCGACCCUUUCUGCAUUCUAUACACACAUCCCAUUUCACCACUCCCGGAACACUCGCUAACUGCACUUGCAAUUCCGUCUUUCAACAAUGCCAUCGGAGACCCAAGCAAGCUGGUCCGGUUCUUUGAAAUCCAAGAAGAAAAGCGAACUUCAGCAGAUUUGCCGUCAGCUGGAUAUCGAAUAUAAAUCCGACUCACUCAAGGCAGAACUUGAACAACAGAUCCGCCAUCGAUUCCAUGAGGUCCCGAGCCUUCAAGAGGAUGAACGAUUUGUGAGACUUGAUCACACUAGCAGUCCAAGCACCAGCCCAAGCACCAGCAUUCCGGGCAGUCGUCGGGGUACUAGAGCUAGGAGUGCCUCCAGGCCUCCCAGAGCAGCAAACGAUGAGGACCCCCAGAGCUCAACUGAAGAUAACCCCACUCGUCCCACUCGAUCUCCUUCCAGAAGAACCACACUCGACCAAAACUCAGCUGAGUCAGCACCUCCGACUGGAACACAAAAGAUCCUGGUCACCGUCGUGAAUACGGAGAAAGACCUUAGCCGUAAUCACACUUCAUCCAAAACUAAAGCAGUACCGACUCAGCCGGCCGAUCAAGCACAACAAUUAGCCAAGCAAACCAGUCGACAAGCCCUUGAUUCAUUCAAUGCGUUUGCUCGUUAUACAGCUCGUCAGACUAUCAACAUAAUCCAGACCAUUCAGAAGACUUUUUCGUGUCCUUGGAAAUUGUGCGUGAUUGCAAUCUUGGCCGAGUUGGCUUUCGUCAUUUACUCUACCGUCCCUCAUCGCCAUGGAAACUACGUCCAACCGAAACCGGAUGGAUAUCCUAUCAGUAUCCCAGAACCGAUGAUCAGAUUGUUCUACCGGAUAUUCUCCAAGUCGUUCUUGAGACCAUUUGCAGGCUAUCUCGGCUUGACGGUUGUCAUCCCCUUUGUUAUUGGUGGCUUGAUGAACGUUCCGAGCUCAAGCCAGGAGAAGGACAACAAGCCGAAGUUCAAAGCCACCCGUGACUUAAAGCCGAGCGUCUUCGUUUACUCUGCCACCAGAUUGGCCGUCCUCUCGCUCGUUCAUCUCGUCUUUUAUCCUAACUAUCAUUUCGGCUGGGCUAAUCAAACCAUCCAUCCAUCCCCUCCUCUGAACCCAUCCCCUUCAUUCGAGGGGGGUGAUCUUUUCCCCAAACACUUUUUCACUAACAUCCAACUCACUGGUUUCGAAUACUUGCAAUAUGUUACCACUACUUUCGGGAUGCUUAUUGCGCUCCACCGAUUGAUUCGCCCAUCUGCUUGAAUUAUCUUAUGUCCCCGCUUUUGAGACUUACCUUUCUUGAUUCAAAGAACUGCCACCUUGCGUUUUCUAAUCCAAAAAAAAGUUGCACAUUUCAUCUAUUGUUUCCUUUUUACGAUAUCUAUCUUAACUGUGUAGGAACGGCUUAUCUGAUCUUAUUUUUUCUAAUUGUGUGUUUCUCUUACUUCCAAUGGUAUCGACCCCAUUCAUCACAAUAAGCAAAAUCAUCAUUAUGUCUGUGAUCAUUGUAUCUCUUGAUUUUCCCACGUCCCCUACCCCCCUCUGUGUUACAAUGGGUACAGAGCACAUGAAAGGUUGGUUGCAAUCUGUUUUCGCCGCAGCCUCAGCCAGGUAGGAUUGAGUUUGUGAGGAUUGAUUUAACUCAAU